GCCAAAAUGGAAAGGUUUUCAGCUGCAGACCUGAUUGCUGAUAGUUUUGGUUUCUGUUUUGGAUUGCUUCUUCAAGAUGAAGCGUUUUCAGAUGAAACAGGCAAAGAGAUAUUUAAAGAUCAUCGAAGCUAAAACGUUUGUUGUGAAUUCCACCAUUAAACUUCACAGUCAAAGAUUUAGCAACCCAGAGCUACAGGAGCAGACAGCUGUAGGGCUUCGGAAAGAUAGAAAUCAGUUACAUGUUCAAAACUUUUGUACCCAGGAGAAUAACCUGACUGGUUUCCUCUUUUCUUUCUUGCAUAUGCAUUUAAGAUUUUUUUAUUUUAGUGUAACAAUAAUUAUUUGAGGGAGUUUUUGUGUUUGCGACGAAUUUAGAACUUGUAGAUUUGAGCUGCCUGAAUUGGCCAGACAGCUGUAAUCGCACUCCUCUAUUCUUAAUCUCUUUAUCUGGGCAGCAGCUGCCAUAUGGCCACAGUCAGCUGGAUCAGAUGUUUAUAAGCUUCCUUCUUCGUCCCUCUCUGUCCUUUCAGCCUCCUAAUUUGAUCACAGCUACCUUGUGAGCUGCCCUCCAAUCUUUAUUUUUAGCCCUCUUAAGGAUUAGGAUUGAUGUUGGCUGUGGGGCACUUAAAGUGAUUGUAUUGUAAAUCUUCAUGCUUUAUUCUAGCAAUGGUAUUUUGCAGAACAUAUUUGGGGUUGGAUUGUAAAUGUUAGUGCAUCUUGGAUUGUGAAGGACAGUUAUUUUUCAGCACUGUAUGUCAACCCGUGGAUGGAUAGUUUGUGUUUUAAGUGGUUUGGUAAAACUUGCUUUUAGUUACUGGAAAGUCUAAAUAAAUUUGUCAUUUUUUAAAUAAAUUUUACUUUUUAAUUGAGCUUUGACUUCUACACUUUCUUGAGCUUUUCUCCCCCACUCCCCUUAAGGAAGGUGGUGAGUAAGAAAAUAAUACCCAUGUAAGAGUAGCACAGAAUAAUUAAAAAAUAUGGGUAUAGCCAUACACACAGAGUGCUUCUGAAACACUUUCUUUCACUUUGGUACUAUAAACUGUGGAGAAAAAGCCUCUCUCUCUGUAGGGAAAGCUUUCUUGUGUAAUGCAUACAUUUGUUUUUAGGCUAAAGCUUUCUUCAGAAGCUUCUAAAUAUUUAAUAUAAAGUGUUCUGCUAUUGUAUUGCAUGGCAGAAGUUAAAACUUAGAAGUAUACCUACUGAACUGUGGCAGUCAGUUUGCUAUUCUUUUAUUACAUUUCUGAAAUCCUUGAUUUUGCUUUCUGUAAUUUGUUCGCUCCUUAUGUAUUUAGGAUCCGUUAUAUAUGUUAUACCUGCAGAUUUUAAGGUUAUGAAGACAGUAUGGAGUUUCCUGACCACAGCAGACAUUUGCUACAGUGUCUGAGUGAACAGAGGCAUCAGGGUUUUCUUUGUGACUGCACUGUUCUGGUAGGAGAUGCCCAGUUCCGAGCGCACAGAGCUGUACUGGCUUCAUGCAGCAUGUACUUCCACCUCUUUUACAAGGACCAGCUGGACAAAAGGGACAUUGUUCAUCUGAACAGCGACAUUGUUACAGCCCCAGCUUUCGCGCUCCUGCUUGAAUUCAUGUAUGAAGGGAAACUCCAGUUCAAAGACUUGCCCAUUGAAGACGUGCUAGCAGCUGCCAGUUAUCUCCACAUGUAUGACAUUGUCAAAGUCUGCAAAAAGAAGCUGAAAGAGAAAGCCACCACGGAGGCAGACAGUACAAAAAAGGAAGAAGAUGCCUCAAGUUGUUCGGACAAAGUGGAGAGCCUCUCCGAUGGCAGCAGCCACAUGGCAGGAGACUUACCCAGUGAUGAAGAUGAAGGGGAAGAUGAAAAACUGAACAUCCUGCCUAGCAAAAGGGACUUGGCGGCUGAGCCUGGGAACAUGUGGAUGAGAUUGCCCUCAGACUCAGCAGGCAUUCCCCAGACUGGCGGAGAGGCAGAGAUACACGCAACAGCAGCUGGAAAAACAGUAGCCAGCCCCUGCAGCUCAACAGAGUCUUUGUCCCAGAGGUCUGUCACCUCCGUGAGGGAUUCAGCAGAUGUUGACUGUGUGCUGGACCUGUCUGUCAAGUCCAGCCUUUCAGGAGUUGAAAAUCUGAACAGUUCUUAUUUCUCUUCACAGGACAUGCUUAGAAACAGCCUGGUUCAGGUGAAGGUGGAGAAAGAGACUUCCUGUGAUGAGAGUGAUGUUGGCACUAAUGACUAUGACAUGGAACAUAGCACUGUGAAAGAAAGUGUGAGCACUAAUAACAGGGUACAGUAUGAGCCAGCCCAUCUGGCUCCUAUGAGGGAAGAUUCUGUCCUGAGGGAGCUAGAUAGAGAGGACAAAGCAAGUGAUGAUGAAAUGAUAACUGCAGAAAACGAGAGAGUCCAGGUGGAAGGAAACAUGGACAGCAGUUUGCUCCCUUAUGUGUCAAACAUACUUAGCCCUGCUGGCCAAAUUUUCAUGUGUCCUCUUUGCAACAAAGUCUUUCCCAGUCCCCACAUCCUGCAGAUCCAUUUAAGCACGCACUUUCGAGAGCAGGACGGGAUCCGCAGCAAGCCUGCUACUGAUGUCAAUGUCCCAACCUGUUCCUUGUGUGGUAAGACUUUUUCUUGCAUGUACACCUUGAAACGUCAUGAGAGGACUCAUUCAGGUGAAAAGCCCUACACUUGCACCCAGUGUGGGAAGAGCUUCCAGUACUCCCACAACCUGAGCCGCCAUGCUGUGGUUCACACACGGGAGAAGCCACAUGCUUGUAAGUGGUGUGAGCGCAGGUUCACACAGUCUGGAGACCUUUACAGACACAUUCGGAAGUUUCACUGUGAGUUAGUGAACUCAUUGUCUGUCAAAAGUGAAGCACUGAGCUUACCUACUGUCAGAGACUGGACCUUAGAAGAUAGCUCACAAGAACUUUGGAAAUAAAAAAAUUUUUAUAUAUAUAAAUAAUAUAUAUAGAUAUAUAUAUAAAUCUAUAUAGUCGUGGUACAGUCUAAAAGCAAUCUUGUUUCCUUGAACUGAAAGUUUGGCUAUUAGCUUGUUUUUGCACUUUAAGGCAGCAUGAACAUUUCACUAAUUUAGCACUCUGAUAAAAUGAACUGUAGAAGUAAUAUGACAAAGUAAUAAACUACGGAGUAUUUUCCCCCUUCUUGGAAUAGAAGCCAGUAAAUACUUCACUUAAAAAAAAAACCUCAAAUUGAAGAAAAAGUUGAUAUGGCUUUAUUCCCCCUCAAAUCACUGCAUUAUUUUAAGCUCUAGAUUUUUAAAAAUUAUUUUAACAAUAUGAAUGUAGAAAUCCCUUCCAGGUUUAUUUGUUCCUUUACAUUUCUAAAAUUGCAUGAGUCCUUUCUAGCUGUUGGAAACCUGAAUGCUUUUAGACCCAAAUGCAAAAUUUCUGAAAUGCUGAAUUAUCUAUUUUUAAACAAGCAGUUGACUUAAAACUUAUUAUGGCAACUUCUGGAUUUCUGACAGUUCCCACUGGAGAAAAAAAAAACCCUGAAAGUACACUGGGAUCACUGGGACUCUUGUCUUAUGUGAAGGUUUGCUUGGGAUGAAAAAGGAUAUCGCAGCUUCAGCAGUGAUGAACUGUGUGUUUAAAAAUGUGAAUUACUGUUAUUGUAUACUGUAAUUGAUUACAUGGGCUGGGGAGGGUGUCAGAGAACUUGGCAGGUUGUGUUGAUGCUCUUAGUUGAGUCUUGAAAAGUAAAUAUUAACGCUACAGAAAUGCAUGAGUUUCAGUAUAUUUUUGUCUUUGUUUGCAUUGUAUAACUUUAAUGAGUGAGUUUUAAAAUUAUUUAAUUUCUUUAGGAAAAGCACCAUUGAAAAUACUGGUGUUUUAAGAAGAACAUAAAUGCACUGUUUUAUUUUAUAUAAUUUAAAUUUACUUUCCCACUGUCUUUAAGUUGAAUAAAACUUAAGCUACAAGUUGAUGAUUUAGCUACAUAACAAGGAAGAUAUUAAUGUUUACAAACAGGCUUAAAGAUUUGCAUGUGCAGUGUGCAUUUAUCAAAAGAAACCUAAUUGCACAAAACCCAUGCCAGCUCAAACUUUAGGUGCAUACAUUUACCCAGAUGAGCAUUUUUAGAAUUCCUGCUGCACAAAUUAACAAUAGGUCAUUCUUUUUUUUUUCCCCCCUUGAAAAGAUUCUAUGGACUGAAAAAGCCCCAGGCUGAGAAGACUGGAAAGCCUUGAUUGACAUGGGGAAGGGGGGGAGGGUAAAGGACUAUGUGUAUCCAAGCAGCAGAGACUGCAGCCUGACGUGUGGUUUUAAUGACCAACACACAGGUCAAAAGCAUUUUGCACAGUGUUUGUUUUCCUGUCUUGCACUUACAAAUAAGGUCUAUGGGAGUAGCAUGGAAAACGUUUGCUGUUUUUCCUUUUUUUUCUGCUUUUGUUUAAAAUUUGAUCGCCUUAACUACUGUAAACAUAGCCUAUUUUUGUGCUUAAGAUACUGAAUGGAAAACUCCAUUGUGUAUUGCUGGACUGUUUUGGAAAUAUUUGGUCAAAUGUGUGUUAAUUUGGCUGUAAUGGCAUUUUAAAACAAAAAAAGCUGUGAAAAUGGCCUUGGAGCAUUAUCUUUAGUUACUUGAAUAGAUUCUAGGUUUUAAAAAUACAUUCUUUUAUUAAUUUAGAAAAGACAAUCAUUGUCUGAGAAAAAAAUGGACUUUCUCUUGGAUUUUUGUGGUCCUUGUGAGUGAUUUGCUUUUUUUCUUUUAUUAGUUUCACAUUCUUCUUUUGUUCUAAAACUUAGACUGACAUCUAGCUUUGACAAUCAUAGUAUGUUUUAUUUUCCUGAGGGGGGAAUAACUUAUAAUGCUGUUUAGUUUUGUACUAUUGGUGUGUUGGUGAAUUUUUAAACUGUGUGCUAACUGCAAUAAAUUAUAUGAACUGAGAAAUCAA